AUGUUUUCCCGCCAUAUUAGUAAAACUUGCUUCGGUUACGUAAAACAUUGCAUUAAAAUGAGUACCACAGUAGAAAAUGGAAGUGGUGACAAUGGACCAAAGAAAAAAACUAUUGAAGGGAUAUAUCAAAAGAAAUCUCAAUUGGAACAUAUUUUACUGCGCCCUGACACCUACAUUGGUUCAGUUGAAACAGCAACAGAAAUGAUGUGGGUUUAUGAUAAAGAGAAAGAAGCAAUGGUACAGAGGGAAAUAAAAUAUGUUCCUGGAUUAUAUAAAAUAUUUGAUGAAAUUUUAGUAAAUGCAGCAGAUAAUAAACAGAGAGAUCCUAAAAUGGACGCAAUAAAAAUUGAAAUUGAUCCAGAAAACAAUGUUAUAUCUAUAUGGAAUAAUGGUAAAGGUAUUCCAGUGGUAGUUCAUAAAGAAGAAAAUAUGUAUGUUCCUACAAUGAUAUUUGGCCAUUUGUUAACAUCAUCUAAUUAUGAUGACGAAGAAGAAAAAGUAACAGGUGGUAGAAAUGGUUAUGGAGCAAAAUUGUGUAAUAUUUUUAGCCAUCGUUUUACUGUGGAGACUGCAUCUAAAGAAUACAAGAAGUGUUUAAAACAAACAUGGUGCAAUAACAUGGAAAGUGCAAGUGCACCCAGAAUUAAAGACUUCUCUGGUGAAGAUUUUACAAAAGUUAUAUUUUCACCAGAUUUAUCGAAAUUUAAAAUGCAAUCUUUGGAUGAUGAUAUAGUUGCUCUUAUGUCUCGAAGAGCUUUUGAUAUAGCAGCUUCUACUAGAGGUGUUAAAGUCUACCUUAAUGGUACUAGGAUACCUAUCAAAAAUUUCAAGGAUUAUGUUGAUUUUUACAUAAAAGGUAAAGAAGAUGACAUGGGCAGUCCUUUGAAGCUUGUAUAUGAAAACUGUGGACCUCGCUGGGAAAUAGCUAUUACUUUAUCUGAUAAAGGUUUCCAGCAAAUGUCUUUUGUAAACAGUAUUGCAACAACGAAGGGCGGACGACAUGUAGAUCACGUUACAGAAUUGAUUGUAAAACAAUUAAUAGAAACUUUAAAAAAGAAAAAUAAGGCUGGAGUGACAAUUAAACCGUUUCAAAUAAAAAAUCAUUUAUGGAUUUUUAUUAAUUGUCUAAUUAAUAAUCCUACAUUUGAUUCACAAACCAAGGAGAACAUGACAUUACAGCCUAAAAGUUUUGGAUCAAAAUGUGCACUUACUGAUAAAUUUAUUACAUCUGUAAGAAUACCAAAACUGGAAGAUGCCAAUGAUGCAGGAACUAAUAGAUCAUUGGAAUGUACACUUAUAUUAACUGAGGGAGAUUCAGCUAAAAGUAUGGCUGUGUCUGGAUUAGCGUCAAUAGGUCGAGAUAGAUAUGGUAUAUUUCCUCUAAGAGGAGACGAUCUAAAAACGUUACGUUAUGGAAAAAUGAUGAUAAUGACUGAUCAGGAUCAGGAUGGUUCCCAUAUCAAAGGCUUGUUAAUUAAUUUCAUUCAUCACAAUUGGCCAUCAUUAUUGAAACUAAAUUUUGUAGAGGAAUUUAUUACACCUAUUGUUAAAGCAUCAAAGGGAAAUCAAUCAUUGAGUUUUUUCUCAAUGCCAGAGUUUCAUAAGUGGAAAUCUGAAACGAAUAAUUUUCAUACUUACAAGAUUAAAUACUACAAAGGUUUGGGUACUUCUACUGCUAAAGAAGCAAAAGAAUAUUUUGAAAAUAUGGCUAGACACAGAAUCAGGUUUAAGUACGAUGGAGAUCAAGAUGAUCAGAAUAUUAUCAUGGCCUUUAGCAAAAAAUGUGUUGAUCAACGUAAGGACUGGUUAAUGAAUCAUAUGGACGAAACAAAGAGAAGAAGAGAAAUUGGUCUUGGAGAACGCUUUCUGUAUCAAAAGGAUACGCGUACUGUGUCCUUUUCUGAGUUCAUUAACGUUGAACUAGUUCUAUAUAGUAAUUAUGAUAAUGUGCGAUCUAUACCUAAUAUGAUCGAUGGUUUCAAACCUGGCCAGAGGAAAGUGGUGUAUACUUGUUUAAAACGUAACGAUAAACGUGAAGUGAAAGUGGCACAAUUAGCUGGUUCUGUUGCUGAACAUUCAGCGUAUCAUCAUGGUGAAGUUUCUCUUAUGUCGACUAUUAUUAAUCUUGCACAAAAUUUUGUAGGAAGUAAUAACAUAAAUAUACUUCAACCAAAUGGUCAAUUUGGUACGAGACUCACGGGAGGAAAAGAUGCAGCGAGUCCUCGAUAUAUUUUCACGAUGCUUAGUCCAUUAGCACGAUACAUAUUUCACAAACAUGAUGAUGCUUUAUUAAAACACGAAUAUGAUGAUAAUCAAAAAAUUGAACCUGUUUUCUAUGUACCAAUUAUACCAAUGAUAUUAGUGAACGGUGCUGAGGGAAUUGGUACUGGAUGGAUGACAAAGAUACCAAAUUAUAAUCCUAGAGAAAUAAUUGAAAACUUAUAUAGAAUGAUGGAUGGUGCUGAUCCAAAGCCUAUGGUACCAUAUUACAAAAACUUCAAAGGAGUCAUAGAAAGUUGUGGAGAUUAUAGAUAUGUUGUUAAUGGAGAAAUUUCAGUGAUAGGACCAGAUAAGCUUGAAAUUACUGAACUUCCAGUUGGAAUUUGGACACAGACAUAUAAAGAAUCAGUACUAGAACCAAUGUUACAUGGAAGUGAUAAAAUUCCGGCUAUUAUUACAGACUACAAGGAAUACAAUACAGAUACAGAAGUGCAAUUUAUAGUAAUGUUAAACCGUGAUAAGUUGGUAGAACUAGAAAGAGAUGGUCUUCAUAAAGCAUUUAAGUUACAAACGACAAUGACGAUUACGUCUAUGUGUGCAUUUGAUGAAAAUCUAUGUCUUAAAAGAUAUGAUAGCGUCCUGCAGAUUUUAAACAAUUUUUAUAAAAUGAGAUUAGAGAUGUAUCACAAAAGAAAGGACUAUUUGGAAGGUAUUCUACAAGCGGAGGCAUCUAAACUCUCAAAUCAAGCACGAUUUAUUAUAGAGAAAUGUGAUGGUACUAUAGUAAUAGAAAAUAAAAAGAAAAAAGAUAUGAUAGCUGAAUUAAUUAGACGGGAAUAUGAAUCUGAUCCAGUUGUAGCCUGGAAAUUAUCGCAAAAUAGGGAAGAAAUUUUAGAAGCUCAAGAGGAGAUAGCAGAAAAUGUUGAAGAUGAAGAGGUUGCAUCACCUGAUGUUGUAGCAAAUGAAAAUUUUGAUUAUUUAUUAGGAAUGACCUUAUGGAGUUUAACAAAAGAAAGAAAAGACGAACUGUUGCGUCAAAGGGAUGAUAAAUUAUUAGAAUUGAAAAGAUUACAAGCUCGUACACCUAUUUCAUUAUGGAAAGAGGACUUAGAUAAUUUGUUAAAUGAAUUAAAUAGGUUGGAAGAAAAAGAAAAAAAAGAAGAACGAAAAUCAAAACAGAGUAAUAAAAAGCCACCAUCGAAGUACUAUAAUAACGAUAGUAUUCGUCGAAUAGUUCCCACAAUUGACACUGAAUUAAAAAGGAAAAUUGAAAAAGCAGAAAAUGUGUCUAAAGACAAAAAGGAAGGCAUAAAAAAACAUCAAAAGGUAAAGAAAGAACCAACAGAUGAUAAAGAUGAACUUGAUAUGUUGGUUGAAGCAAAUGCUAAAUCUUUACAAGACAGAUUGGGUAAUUCUCCAGAAAAAAUAGAAAAGAAAGCAGGCGGCAGAAAAAGAUUGAAACAGACAAUAUUAUCAUUCAAAUCGAAAGUGAAAAAGGAAAAAGGUGACGAAAAGAAAGACAAAGACUCUGACUGUAGUGAUGACAUUGAUUUUGGUAGUAUUUCCCCACCACCAGAACCUCGAGUAUCCCGUCGUGCUUCUUCAGACAUGGAACAGAAAACGAAACCUACAACUAUUGUUAAUAGCGAUUCUGACGAUAUCUUUAAAGCACAUAAGAAACCGAGUUCAGAAGAACUUUUUGACUCUUUAGUCGGUAGUUCUCCAGAAAAACAACAAAAAGCUGUGGAAAUAUCUAGUGAAGAUUUAUCUAUAUUUUCACCUCCGACGAAAGUAUCCGCUAAAAAGAAAGCUGAAAAUGGAGGAAAAGGAAUGAAAAGGCAAUUAAAGAAAAAAGCAGUUUCUUCCGAUUCAGAUUCUGAAGAAGUCAUGGUCUCAAAUAAACAAGCUCCUAUAAAGAAAAGAAAGAAGAAGUCCGAAUCGGAAGAAGACAACAUUGCUAGUGUAGAAAGUUCGCCGGUAUUAACGCGAAAAACUGGCGGUCGUGCUCGUAAACCUGUUUCGUAUGUUCUUAAAUCAGACGAUGAUGAUUCCAAUUGAUCGAUUUUGUACAAUAUUUUAAAAUUAUAAAAAAAUAAA